GCAGGGGCUGACUGACCAUUUGGAAACUCGGGCACUGCCCAAGGGCCUGGGGUCAGUAGGGGGCCCCAUAAGAUGCCCCUGGUACCUUUUUCAUAGGCUUUUUUGAGUUUAGGCAAGGACACAGGGGCCCCAUGAUCCCCUAUUGCCCGGGGGCCCCAUGAGUUGUCAGUCCGCCCCUGGUCAAGGGGUAUCCUUUUCUGAUGCUUUAUUGGAAACCUGGCCUUCAAUAUUACACCGGGUGACAUGUGUUGAAGAUGGGAAAAGAUUGGAAGGG